AUGUCCACAACAAUAGACCAAAAAAAAGAGGCCGCAUACACCCUGCUCUCUGGUAUGCUCACAAGCGUUCUACAAAAAGAGUGGAAAAUAACAGACCGCCAUUCGUCACAGUCCGCCCUCCUCGACGCACUCCUCCCCAAGCCAGCCCCGGUCACAGCCCCAGCUCCCAUCGCCCCCAUAAAGGUUCAGAAACAAAGCAUCUUCCGCCUAGGCAACAGGACAUUCGACCUCGGCCCCGAACACGACUCCUCCGCCAGUUCCUCCGACGAUGAUGGUGACGCUCCGAUCCGGAGUGCGCGUCAGCUUAAGAGCGAGAUGCGCAGGGUUAAUGCGAUUCAGAGGCGUGCGAAGAGGAGGGCGGAGAGGGGGAGGAGGAGGAUUGAGAAACAUCUUGGUGGGAAUGAGGGUGUUGUCGAGUUUGAGACUUUGAAGAAGGUAGAGGUAACACUACCUCUGAAGACUACACAGAGGGCUGCGGAAACCCCGGUGAGGAUGUUGAAGGAGCUGGAGGACUACAAUAGUCCUGCAAGGAGUAGUCUGCUUAGCGAUGCGCCCAUGUCGCCGCGAAGUGCUGAGUUCAGUUCGACGGCUAGCGAGGCCAACUGCGAGGUUGCCGAAUACGAUGGCGUCGACAGUCCCAUAUCGGAACCCGUACAGGCACCCGGGCGACUACGAGGCUGCUCCUGCAAAGCCUGCGACUUCACAACCCAGUACUACCACAGCUGGACACGCCAUUUCCGGGGCGUAAUGCACAUGGAAAAAGUAGCCAGGAGCACACAACGCAAAGGCCCGAACAUCAAGUUCGUCAAGAAGGCAGCGAAGAGCCCACAACGCUCGGCAUCAGCUGAGAAAGUUAUGAACAAGGCGCUCGGGAAGAUAUGUGCAACAGAGCAAUAUUGCGAUGCCUGUGAUCGUGUUUUGCUCAAGUGCCAUUGGAAGCGUCACGCGGUCUCUGCGAUGCACGCAAUCAAUGUCAAGAACAAGGCGAAGAGGGACAUGCUCAAGCGAGGUUCGAAGGCAAGAGCGCAUUUGGAGAAUGUGGCUAAGGCCAAAGAGGAGGAAGAGAGUGUGAGGCUUCACGCCCCGACACCGGAGUCCGUGGUGCUGUCCGUAGAAGAGGAAGAGCAGAAAGAAGAAGAAGAGGAAGAGUAUGAGGAUGACGGCUUCGGGGAAGAAGGCUACGAAGACUACGGUCACUACUGCGAUGACUGCGAUGUCACGUAUGCUGGUGCGAAAUGGGCGCGGCAUUUGACUUCGGCAGGCCACGUAUUCAACGUUAUCCGGUCUGCGGACGGGGAUGAGGAAAUGGCGUCCGAUGAGGAGGAAGAAGAGGAAGAGGAAGAGGAGGAAAGCAUGGCAGACUACGAUUCUGCCACUGAUGGAGAGAGCAUCGUGUUUGAUGAUGCGACGGAUGAGGAUUCUGCGUCGCCCUCGCCAUCGCCCUCGCCAUCACCCUCGUCGGAGGAGGACAACGUAUCCAAUGAGGGAAUCACAUUCCCGCGGGACG